CCGUGUCAUCUGUCGCUGUGGAGUGUCGACACGACGGGCAACGGCAUUGCAGUACAUAUAGAGUCACGACGUCGCCAAAAUGGUACCAUUGGACUUCUGCAUCGUCGACCCCAGCAAAACGUUUUGGGACGACCCAAAGAUGUACUUGGAUGACCCCGGUUUGGACACGUUGCUGUCGCUGACCGUCGACGAGCUAUUACCAUGCAACGGCCAAGAAGGCGAAACCGCAGACGACGACAGCAAAGGGAAUUUGCCGGACAUUCAACGGCCUUGGCAGGAGGACAGGUCGAGUGACGUUAAACAGGUGUUGGAGUGCACCUAUCCGAAUUGUGAUAAGACUUACUUGAAACCGUCCCACCUCAAGGUGCACAUGCGGAGGCAUUCGGGCGAGAAGCCUUACGGGUGCAUGUGGCCGGGCUGCACAUGGCGUUUUUCCCGAUCCGACGAGCUGUCCCGGCACUGUCGGUCGCACUCGGGCGUCAAGCCGUACGGGUGCGACGUGUGCGACAAGCGGUUUUCGCGGUCCGACCACCUGUCCAAGCACGCGCGCGUCCACCACAAGCGGAUGGCCGCCGCGGCCGCCCGGCUGCAGUGGCCGCAGCAACAGUGCCGGCUGCGCGCCGCGGUACAGCCGACCGCGGCCACCAAGGCGAAGGCCUACGCCGCCUCCACCAGACGUCAGUAACGACGCGAUGGCCGUCCGAUGAGGUUGUGCCGACGACGCGCCUGCGAAUCGAACACUGUAACAGUCCACACAACGCACCUGACGCACAUUCCGAUGAUAUUAUAUACGCGGGGUGAUUUACCAGGCUCCAUACUCGUUAUUUCACCGUUAAAUACGAAUAUAUCGAAACUAUGAUUUUUGGAAUAUUUAAUUCACUGCACGCAUAGACCGUCACGGCGGGUCAUUUUCAAAUAGGCGCUUACAAUUUUUAUAAUAUUUUAGGAGAUUCCUGUGGCGAUUCAGACUUUUCUUAUUGUGCAUUUUAUAGCAUAAUAUUAUACAUAGUAACUACAUAACUUUGUAAAACAAUAGAACCGUGUUUCUGUUCAAUCAAGACACUUCUUAAAUGACAUAAAAAUAUGCUCGUGAAUCACUCUGUGUAUAACAUUUUUCUGCUUCGAGCCACUACCUCAAUAAUAUGAAUAUCAUAAUAUGUUUUUGACAUGUGUCUAUAAUAUAUAAAUCAUCGUGAUCUGUGCUAACGUAAAUUAUAUAAUAAAUGUCAAAUACAACCCAAAUUAUUGAUACUUGUGUAUUGAACUUUUCAAAGCCGCAAGUAUAUGCACUUACAUUGUUUUAUUUUAGAGUAGGCCUACCCAUCUCCAAAUACAAGCGAUCCAUGUUUCUGAUCCUGUAGGACUGGGGAAAGUAAAGACCGUACUUUUUUUCAAACUCCAUCUGCAGAAAUGUCAUUGAAUUGUUUCAAGUGUGAAAAAAAGUCCAGUCUUAUGUCUUUCGAAAAAGUCUAGUAAGUAUUUAUACCGUUCAGUUUGAAACAACAGUCAAACAUAUCAAUAAUGGAACACAUAAUUUGCCAAAAUUAUUGCAAUCAAACAAACUGGGGUAUUAUAUUAUUUGGUGCAUGUUACCUAUCUAAAUAAUAGUUUGAAAUACACUGCAAUAAUAAGGUCAGUCAAUAAACGUCAGUCAAUAAACGUUUGAAAAUGAAACGUGCAC